CGAUUUUUGGCCCGAUGGCGGCGAUCCCGCGGUCCAACCUCACGGACGCCGAGAGCGAGCGCAGCCCGCUCCUCCGCGCCAUGCGCAACUCGUUCCAGGAAGACUCGCUGUACCAGUCCAUGUCGAAUCCCAACUAUUUAUCCACCGAGUCGACGACGACGACGAAUAUGGACGACGCGUACGUCGGGCGCAUGCGCGUCUUCCGCCCGAUCGUGUAUGCGGAGAAGGCGCUCAGCGUGCUCCUCAACAGCGUCAUCAUCUACGUCUUCUGCUGCAUCUUGGGCCUCGGCCUCAUCUGCAUCAACGCCGACGGCGUCCUCGGGCCAGGCCGCGGCUGGAACUGGUGGCUCGUCUUCCUUCCGUUCUGGAUCGGCAACGCGAUUCUGCUGAUCGCGCACUUUCUCUCGAUGCGAUCGGCCACAAUGCUGCGCCAAUGGGCCGAGACCGACUGCAUGUCGAACGAGCCGCUGCUUCCGCUCCUGCGCAAGAUCCUCCUCGUCUACGCCGUCUCGGUCCCGCUCACGGCCUUUCUCCUCUGGAGCGAGCUCGCGUUUUGCGCCAUCAUGAGCGACAUGACGUACCGGUCGACGUCCGUCUACUUUGCGUUCACACCCAUCCUCAUCAUCGAAGCCGCGUACAUCGUGCGGUACCUCCUCUGCAAGGCGAAAAGCACGCUCCCGGGCUGCAGCUGGGUCCUCGCGUUCGUGUUUACGCUCAUGCUCGCGUUCAAUGCCGACCUUAUCCACCGCCGCAACCCCGAGACGGAGACGCUGCCGGGGGACCUCCUCCCUUGGUUCACUGUCUUUUGCCCGAUCUUUGUCUGGGAAUUUCUCAUGUUUGGCUCGCUUCUCAUCGUGCUCUACUCGCAAGCGGCGGGCUACUACAACAUGGCGUCGUCGCAGCUGACAGCCACGGUGCUCUACACACUCGCGCUCGCCGCCGGCGCGAUUGGCCACGUCAUGCUGCUCGAGCAUAUGGAGCUCGAGUCGACGUCGCUGGACGUGCCAUCGAUCCUGUUGUUCUCGGCGUGGGUCACGGGCAGCCUCGCGCUGUACAUCAUCUCGCGUCAAGAAAUGGCCAAGCUCAUGGCGUCGCGCGGCGGCGCCGUGCCCGUGCCUCUCACGCGCACCGACCACGGCUGGGUGACCAACCACGCGGUCACCGACCAAUGGAUGCUCCUUGGCGACAUUCCGCUCACGUCGUCGGGCCUCGAGCAGCGCGGUACGCGCAAGCGCACAUCCAGCGACAUGGAGAGCGAUCUCAACUCGCAGGGCUGGCUCUGGGUGCGCCAUUUGCUCGGGUCGCGGCUCUGUUCGUGGUGCUGCUGCCUCGCGUCGCGCCCAAUGUCGUUUGACGCGUCGUCGCCGAGCGAGCACCCGGAAGGCCGUCUCAAGAACGUCAAGCGGAAAAAUUCGGGUAGCUACAGCGAUCUGCACCUCGACGUCGUCGAUACCAAGUAGCAAUCGAGAGUAUCCCAUGCUUCUUUCUUUCGUCGUGGAUCUCGAAGACCGUUUUAGAAAGGGUGAACACUA